CGCACCGCUCGACGCGUCGCAGCGCGCGCGAUGAUGGAACUCGAACCCCUCCCCGCGCAGUCCGGGGUGAACGGCCUCGACUACGCCUGGUCGCACUCCCUCCGCGAGGAGGUCGAGACGCACGGGUCGUACUGGGACCACCACGACAAGCGUCGCGAAAUUUCCGACGCAUUGUCGCGAAACGCGGAAGCGUCCACGGAGCCUCCGAGGGAGGAGAAGUGGGCGAAGCGGCUGCGUUUGCGGCUCGAAAAGCUGAACGGCGAUCCGGACGACGCGGACGACGCGACGACGCCGAAGAUUUCGCUGGAGGACGUCGCGCGCGAGGCGAUCGACGGCGAGCCCAUCCCGCGCUCGCGUCGCGUGAAGAUCACGUCCCCGAGAAGCGCCAUCGCGUGCCUCGUCACGGGAACGAAUCCAGACGACCUCGUCCCGCGCGUCCCGACGCCGUCGACGGGAACGUACCCGGAGAGCGCGUACGAGGACCAGGCGUUACUACGCGCGGAGAAACGCAAGAGGCACGCGAACGCGACGCGGCUCACGGCGCUGCUGGACAAGCGCGACGCGAUGACGCGAGAGGAUGUCGUUCGGUACCUGGCCGAGUUGGCGGACGCGAGGCGAGCGGCGGAGGCGGCGGAGGCGGAGGAGGCGCGGAAGCGAGAGGCGGAGAUGGAGGAGGCGCGCAGGCUCGCGGAGGAGGCCGCGGAGAGGGAGAGGAACAAGAGGUUGCCGAUCGUGGAGGCGGCGUACCCGACCCCGGCGCCGGAGCCGGAGGAGGAAGAGGAGCAUGAUUACGAUCACUACGACCGCGACGACGACGCGGGGGGGCGACCCGGCGACGAUUUCGAAGACGACGACGACUCCGACGCGGCGUCCGAAUUUGACGCGUACGCGGAGGACUACGAACGCGCGCUGAAAGCGAAGCGCGAGGCGUACGCGGCGAACCACGCGGAGGAGCGGAAGAGGACCGCGAGGCGGCUCGCGGAGCUGACGAGGAAGGAGCUGUAUCCGCCCGACGGCGACGGCGGCGGCGAGAACCAAUUUCCAAACCGCGGCGGCGGCGGCGGCGGCGACGACGCCGGCGCGAACGGGACGACGCGCGCGAACUCGUUCCGAGGCCCGAAGCGCCUGAUCGUGGACACGAAGAUCGGCGCGCGCGUCAACCUGGGCGGGUCCGCGGCGUUCGCCGCGCCGACGGUGCGCUUUAAUCCGCCGCCGGGCGCGAAGAAGAGAGGAAGAGUAAAAAGAAAAGGAAAGAAGAAGAGCGACCCCCUCGACGCGCCGAUGUCCACGAUGGAGAAGCUCAAGAUCCUCGAGCGGCUCGUGGACGAGAAGAACGCCGCGGAGGCUAAGAAGCAGCGCAGAGAGAAUCGCGCGCGGAUGGACCGCGCGGGCGAGCUCGCGGAGGAGAAGUCGCGGCUGGACGACGCGGCGCGCGCGAGAAAGGUGCGUUCUAUCUCACACUGGUCCCCAUACGACCGCGUCGGCGUGGUGAACGCCGAUCCUUAA